UAUUCGUUGAUUCUUCAACCACAAAUUCCAAAAUAAAACCAAGUAGUCGUGCACUGCCGCUGUUACUGCUAAGGACGUGCGCGUGCACGCGUAAACGUUACUAACCAAUGAAGUCACCGUCAGAGGGGAUUGUCCGCAACAGUGAGACACCUUUCUGCGUCUGGAGAAAAAUCCUGUCCACGAGACGGAGAUAGACUUCAGCAGAAGAUGUCUUCACAUUGUGAGAUUUUUCAGCACUCAUAAAAUUACAGGACCGACGCUAUGCCAUUUCAGUAAUUCAGACUACUCGCUAAACCCAUUUGUUAAAAGUUGAGAUCAUUGUAAUUGUUGCCACCCGAAAGCCAACUGUGAAGUCUUCAUACAUCAUCUAAACCAUGGUGGACAACCGUUAUGCCACAGCGCUGGUCAUCGGCUCUGUGCUGAGCCUGCUCGCUUGUGUUUAUCUCUCUGUCGCCAUGGGAACACCGUACUGGUACCAGUACCACAGCCAGCCGGCCAGCAACGAUUUUAACAACGGUUCAGACCUGCAAAGGGCGGUGCAAGACUUUAACGCAGAGGAUGUGGAUGAGUAUAACUACAGUGACGCUCUCUACAAGCUAAAUGGCACGCUGGGGCUCUGGUGGCGUUGUAUUUUGGUGCCACAAGAUUCCCAGUGGUUAAAAAUACCUGAUCCAACAAUGGAGACUAAAUGUCAGGCCUUUACUUUGGCCCAGCAGUGGGAAACCAGGUUUAAUUCACCUGGACUUGUUAACAGCGAAGAAGAUUUACUCCGCACCUACCUGUGGAAGUGUCAGUUCCUGUUGCCGCUGAUUUCUGUGGGAUUAGUGUUUCUAGCGGCAUUGAUCGGAGUGUUCGCUUGCCUUUGCCGCAGUAUCACACCCACCCUGUUUGUAGGACUUCUUCAUCUACUGGCUGGCCUGUGUUCCUUGGCUACAGUUUGCUGUUUUCUUGCUGGGGUGCACCUCCUACACGAAAGAUUAGAACUGCCCGAGGGAAUGGUCAGCUCUCCAGGAUGGUCUUUGUUUUUGGCCCUGGUCUCUUCUCCACUGCAGAUAAUGGCCGCCGCGCUCUUCAUAUGGGCCGCCAGGAGUCACCGUCAAAACUACACCCGAAUGAUAGCCUACAGAGUUGCAUAGGCAACAGAAGACCGGCUGUAGCUUUGUGGAAGUGGAGGUACAGUACGCUCCUGCAAGGACACGCCCAUGUUUGCUUUAGCAGCUGCUUAACCACUAAACCAGCUGAUCUAUUUAGAAGAAAACCAUAAGGAUGCACUCCUCACUAAUGCACUCUCAUAACAUGAAGGAUUUUCCUAUUUUACAACUGACUUUUAAACCACUCUGAUAGACUUUGCUGUACUGGAUGAGAAACUGAAUCACACACGCUUUAUACUCAUUAAGAGAAUAAACACGCAACAUUAGUUUUUUGGGGCUUUGCCUUUGCUUAGACAAGUUUUACUUGUUGACUAAACUUGCAGGGUUUGAUGUCUUGAAUUAUCCCAAGUUUAUAUUUGCAUCUGGUUUGAAAUCUUUUGUUUGUGGGUUUUACAAACAACAGCCCUGUUUGUUUAUAUUUACUCCUGUGUUGUAGCUACUCAAUUUCAUUACAUUACUACUUUUUACGAAGAGAUGGCACAUUUGUGCUUUGCAAUGGAAGGGUUUGCCUAAAUGUUUGUGUCCGCCUAAUUCUUAACCACUCAAGCAUCAGCGUUUUCCUAACAAAUUGUUGGGCUUAUUUAUUAUUCUGUUAUAUUUUUUAAGCUUUGCAUUUAGUUAUGCUGUGUUGUUUAUCAUUUAUUUUUUUUACUUUGUGAAUAUAUAUCUUAACGUAAAAUCGUUAUUUGUUAUUUAGAGUUGUGUGUUUUUUAUGGUUCAGGCAGCCAUUUGAACCUUCUAAGCUGUGGUUUAUACUCUUAUUAUUUAAACAUUUCGCCGGGUGCACACUGUAUGAUUUUGCCACAAUUUCUUAGAUCGAGUUUGCGAAUCGAAAAACAUUUCUUUUGUCGCGAGGUUUGCACUGCAAAGUAUGACAUGACAAAAAAUCACCCACAGUUUUAAUUAGUGAUACACUGAUAUAUCUGCAAAUAAGUCCUAUAGAUAUGAACGAUGUAUCCUGUCAAUCAAAAAAGAACAAGAAAAUUUAAUAAAUUUGUGCUCUGUGUAUAGAAAAUGUAAAGAAACAUUACUAGUUCAAUAUUAAUGAUCAUUAUAUGAAUGAAUAACAUUCAGACAUUUUUUAGAAUUUAGUUAAUGCAAGUAAUAUAACCACCAAACUAUCGGUAUCGGCAGUCUGAAUAAUCGGUUAUUGUAUCGGUGAAAAAAAUUCACAGUGGUGCAUCUAUACUUUAAAAAAUGUAUACUAUUAUAAAUUCCGAUUUUUGCCACAAUAUCUUAGAUACAGUUUGCGAAUUGAAAAAACAUUUAUUUUGUCGCAAGUCUUGCACUGCAUAGUAUGAAAAAUCACCUAUAGCAAAAUGUGACAAAACUGGUGAUUCGAACCAUCAAGUUUUCCUAGUUAAUCGUGAGCGACGUUUAAUUCAAUUGUGAAGUUUAUGCUAUCGGGAAUGAGCUUCACCCCUAACAUGGUCAAAUUUGUUAAUUUGUUGAUAAAUUUUCGUGUGGUUUAUUCUGUGAAUUGUAAUAUUUGGGAUCAAAUUUUGUUUGUGUUUUAUUUUGUUCUAUAAUUUCUAUCCCUUCCAAAUAAUCCUGAAAGACAGCAACAACAUAUCAGCAAUAGAGAGAAGAUACCUCACACUGACUCCACCCACUGUGACAUCAUAAUGACUGCAUCCAAAACGCUUCCAAAUGUUUUGCCGUUUUUAUACGUUUUUCUAAGCGCUCCUGUCAUUUGAACAUUUUGCUGGUCACAAUAAAUAGAUUUUCUUUCAAAA